AUGGCCGAAUAUCGACACUUGGCCAUCCCCGACAAAGAAUGGGUCGAUUUCCCACACCAUCUCCCUCUCGGGACACGAAUAGAAGGCAUGUCUCGGGACCGCCUUCCCACCACCCCUCAAGAAGGCCUUGAGAUGGAAGAGUUCGACAUCUCAUCUUCGUCCGAUAACUAUCUCGUUCGUGUACGGACGUACCGGAAAACUCGGUCCGAGGACUUACCUCUAUUCAUUUACAUGCACGCGGGAGGCUUUGUGACCGGCGGCCUCGAAACAGAUGAUCGGUACUGUCGACGGAUCGCAGCGGAUCUGGGCAUAUUAAUGCUCAGCGUCGAAUAUCGUCUUGCGCCGGAGAAUAAGUUCCCUGUCGGAUUCCAAGACGCGUUUGAUGUUGUUCGAUGGAUAGGGCAUUCGUCGAUAUGUUACAAAAAUCUCUCAUCCUUCUCCGGCUCACUACUAUGUCGACUGACUGGACGUUUUACGUUCGUGCUCUAG